UGAAGGUUUCGAAAGAGUAGAUAGAUUUGGACCUCAUAAAAAUCGUCUGGUGAGGGUUGAGAGAUCCUCAUUCCUCAGACUACUUUCUUUUUUCCCUCCAUUUCCUCCACUAACCCUUAUAAACCUGCAAUUCUUUUCAGCUUUAUUCCACGAAUCUCUGGUUGUAAUCGUUAUUCUUCGAUUUACUCAGAUACCCAUUACUGAUUUCGCAGUUUCCCUUGGUGGGUGUCUCUUAUUUCGAUAUAAAUUGCAGUGUUGAGGAAGAGAUAUUGGUGUAUCUCUUGAAGAAAAUUGUUGGGUUAAGUGGUUGAAACUUGAAAGGAUGGUAGGAGCUUUAUCAAUGGUGGGUUCAGCGGUUGUCGACUCCCACACAUGUCCAUGUCUCUGUUUAGAUUCUCUUUCAUCAUCUGGCAUGAAUUUUAAGAGUGCAGGGGAUGUUGGGUUGUAUAGAAAUUUCAUGGGAAGGAAGAAAUUCAAAAGGCAUGGAUCGUUGGAGCUGAGCAGCUCAUUUGUGGAUGCAUGGCAAGAGUGGCGUCUCCCUGCAAAAGUAUUUCCGCGAUUUGUGAAUGGGCAGCAUUUAAGGAAACAGAACAAGGGCCGAAGUCUUGUUAUCGUUAGUGAAGUUGCAGGACAAUAUGAAGAUAGCUUUGAUGAUGUUAAAACGCAAUUACUCAACUAUUUCACAUACAAAGCUGUAAGGACUGUUCUUAACCAGCUUUACGAGAUGAACCCAACAAAGUACCGGUGGUUUUAUGAUUUUGUGGCAUCAAAUCAACCUGGAGACGGAAAGCGUUUUAUACGUACCCUUGGAAAGGAGAAGCACGAUCUCGCUGAAAGGGUGAUGGUAACUCGCCUUCACCUGUAUGGCAAAUGGGUCAAGAAAUGUGACCAUGCUGCAAUAUAUAAAGAAAUCUCUGAUCAGAACUUGGAGUUGAUGCGUGAGCGACUCAUUGAAACUAUUAUAUGGCCAUCCGACGACACAAACACAGAAAAGAUUGGCUGAUGGUUAACCCUUGAACUCGGCUUUCAAGUGCUGCUGUCAAUUUGUUGUUCUUAAUGUAUCAGCAUAUCUUUCUCUAUGUUCAACUAAUUAGGUCCCCAAAUGAGCUUCCAUUAAAAUUAUUUUCCACAUCCAAAGGGAUUAAUAUUGUAAGCUGUAUUCUUUGAUAUGUAUAUACUUAUAGAAAGAAAAUUUUAGUUCAAGGUCUAAACAAUAUGGAGCAAACAGAUCCUAGUGUCUAUCUUUGAAGAUUUUAAACAGGGGACUGCUACAGCCUCAGCUUAUACUA